AGCCAUGGGGCGGCGCUGUGGCCCAACAGGAAGUCAAAGGAAACUCGUCUUUUUCCGGUGUUGGAGGACAACAUGGCGGCCUUGUGUAAACUGAGGUUUGGGGUCCGGUCUGCGGCCCGGUUCUCCUCCUCAAUCUCUAUCCGGACCACCUUCAGUUCGGAUUGUGAAGACGGGACCAAAUCCGGAUCCGGUUUCGCGGCAGCCUUUCAGCGGCAGGCGGAGCUCCAGCGGGAGGCAGAGAGCUCCACGGCAGACCGGAGCGCCGCCGCCGUCCAGGAGCAGACCUUCGCCUCGCUUUUUCGGGACGUUCCGAACCCAGACCGGGUGGUGGUGGGUAACAUCUUCCAUGUGGUCCGCGACGACCUGUACAUCGACUUCGGCGGGAAGUUCCACUGCGUCUGCCGGAGACCCGCAGCCGGAGGAGAGAAGCUGCAGCGGGGCUCCAGGGUCCGGCUGAAGGUCCUGGACCCGGAGCUCACCGCGCGGUUCCUGGGAGCCAAGAGCGACACCACCCUCCUGGAGGCCCAGGCGGUGUUGCUGGGUCCGGUGGAGGGACGCGAGGCCCAGAAACGGGGGCAGAACCAGAACCAGAAGCAGGACUAAAGCAGGACUUAACCCGAACCCGAA